AUGGUGCAAGUCAGCGUUAAGUGGGGCAAGGAAGCUCACAAUGUGGAAGUGGACACGAAUCUGCCUGGCCUCGUAUUUAAGAAUCAAAUAUACAGCCUGACAGGCGUUCCACCUGAGAGGCAGAAGAUUAUGGUGAAAGGAGGGAUGCUGAAGGACGAUGCAGACCUGUCCCAGCUCAACCUCAAAACAAACCAGAAGCUCAUGAUGAUGGGAACCGCGGAAAAGCUUCCAGAAGCUCCCACCAAUGCCCCAGUCUUCAUGGAGGACCUGCCAGAGGACGAGCAGGACGUCACUGGCUUUGCCAAAUACGGCGCAGGGCUGAAGAAUCUGGGCAACACGUGUUACAUGAACAGCACGGUGCAAUGCUUGUACCGCGUGCCCGAGCUCAGGGAGAGCCUGGCAGCCUACCCCACACAGGGCGUCCCCGACGCCUCCCACAAACUCACUCUGGCCACCAAGCAGCUAUUUUGGGACCUGGAGCGCAGCUCGCAGCCGGUGACGCCGAUGAUGUUUCUGAUGCACCUGCGCGAGAAGUACCCGCAGUUUGCGCAGCAGACCAACACAGGCAUCUACAUGCAGCAGGACGCGGAGGAGUGCUGGACCCAGAUCCUCUACUCACUCCGCGAGCGCCUCAAGGACCCGGCGGAUGCUGAUGCGGAUCCGGCGGUGCAGCAGCUGUUUGGCGUGGGGCUGCAGUCGCGGCUGGUGUGCGAGGAGAGCGGCGAGGCCAUCGAGGAGGGCAGCACCGUCUACGAGCUCAAGUGCAACAUAACACUGGAGGUGAACCACUUGACGGAGGGCAUCCACCUGGGCCUGCAGGACGACCGCGAAAAGAACAGCGACGCGCUCGGCCGCUUGGCGCUCUUCAAGGGCUCCAGCGUGAUCACAAAGCUGCCGCCGUACAUGACGGUGCAGAUGGUGCGCUUCUUCUACAAGGUCGACACCCGCCAGAAGGCCAAGAUCCUGCGCAAGGUGGUGUUCCCGAUGGUGCUGGACGCGUACGAGUUCUGCGCGGACAGCUACAAGAAGGAGCUGGACGGCCCACGUGCGGCCUGGCAGGAAGCCGAGGACGUGCGCGCCGGCCUGGAAAAGGCCGCCAAGACCGCAGCCAAAGCCGCCGACAAGGCCGCCGAGGCAAGCAAGGACGGCAAGGCGGAGGCGCCGGCAGCCGCCGCAGCCCCGGCAUCCAACGGCAGUGCCGCGGAUGUUGACAUGAAGGACGCCGAAGCUUCCAGCAGUGCUGCGCCGGAGGCCGGCCAGUACAGUGGGCAGCUCACAGGGCGGUACGAGCUGGUGGCGGUGCUGACGCACAAGGGGCGCAGCGCGGACAGCGGCCACUAUGUGAGCUGGGUGAAGCAGGACGACAAGUCAUGGAUCCAGUUCGACGACGAGGAGAUGAUCCCGCGCAAGGAGAACGAAGUUUUGGCGCUGUCCGGCGGCGGAGACUGGCAUAUGGCGUACCUCCUGCUCUACCGAGCCGUCCGCGCCUGAUUUGGCGCGACUUUGGCGUCCGACGGCGUUCCUGCUUGCUGGGCUGCGAAAUUUGGCUUUUUUGCCGUGUGUGGAGGGCAGUGGCAGCAUGUUGGCUGGCAAUGAUACCAGACAAUGCAGCAGCAGAUGAUUGGGAAAGGUAAAAAAAUUGACAGAAGAGUAUCUGGGCCGAGGAAUCCGGUUGGGAAAUGAGAGAUAAUUGGUGUCUUGAAAGAAGAAAUUCAGACAAAACUGUCCUGAUUUCGAUGAAAAGCAGAGGAAGGGCAAAAUGAAAAGCUGCAUGCACC